AUGCCAGGCAAACACAUUGCCGGCGCCUCUGACGAGCCUUGCAGACGAUGCAAAGACAACAUCUCAAUUCUCGUUGUGCGCUCUGAGCCGCUUUGCCAUGACUGCUUUGCCCGCUACGUGCACACAAAGUGCAUCAAGCGCUUGGAGUCAUUUCGCGUUAAUUUUGGAGCCGAGCAGCAGCGUAGGAUUCUAGUACCCCUGUCAUUUGGCGUCUCAUCUACAACUCUCCUCCACAUACUGGAUCUGCAUUUGAAGACGCAAAAGAGCAAGACUGGCCGGACUGGAUUUGACAUCAGCGCGGUAUAUAUCGAGGAUCCGGAGCAGAAAGUGCAAGCUACACAGCUACUUGAAAAGGCUCGCGAACAGUACCCGGACCAUCAUUAUGCCUCACUACCGUUGCACGAUGUAUUUCGCCUGGUCCAAGAUGAUGCCUCAAUCCGGUCUCUGCUACCACAAGCCGAGAAAAUGGUAGACCUGAGCCCCGAGGAGCAGUUUGUUCACAUGAUGAACUCGCUCACCUCAGCGACUGCUCGUGCGGACGUGCUGUCUACCCUUAAAACACGGCUGGUCGUAGAACAUGCAAAGUUGACUGGUUGCGAAAGUAUCCUCUGGGGUGACAGUACCACUAGGCUCGCUCAAAAGACGCUUGCCGAGACCGCAAAGGGACGAGGGUUCUCCCUGCCAUGGCAAGUCUCAGACGGAAUGUCGCCCUUUGGUCUCAACUUCCACUACCCGCUUCGAGAUGUCCUGAAGAAAGAGCUAGUAUCUUAUAUUAACAUGGCCAACCCUGGACUAUCGACACUUGUCCACGAAACUUCAUCAGGCGCCACGCAAGCAUCAACAAGCUCAAAGAACACCACUAUUGACGAUCUCAUGACGCAGUACUUCGAAUCCGUUGAAGAGAACUUUCCGAGCAUUGUUGCAAACGUCGUACGCACAACAAGUAAGCUCGAGGCUCGACCCGAUGCACUUUCGGACCCACAAUGCAGCCUAUGCAGCAUGCCUGUAUCUGGCGGCCGAUUUGGCAUACAUGGCUGGGGCGGCGAUCAGCAGGAUGGCGAUGACUUCGAAUCCACAAAUAACAAAAAGAAUAUAUGUUAUGGCUGCACGAGGUCGUUGCCUAAAGCUACGAUGAGCGUGAACGGUAAUUGA